AUGGCAAACUGUUUACACAGCUUAUUAUUGUAUGGUAUUUGUGUUUGGCAAAAGAAAGAAUAACACACAAAAGAAUUUGGAAUUGCAAAAAAAUUGCAAAAAAUUAUAUCUAUUUUUGAAAAAGUACAUACAGGAAAAAAAACACAUUUUUACAGGAGGACUUGAUUUGAAAGCGCAAGAAGCUGCACUUCGUUCGGGACCGGAUGUUGUUGUUGCCACUCCCGGAAGACUCAUCGAUCAUUUGCACAAUUCGCCGAAUUUCAAUCUGAGCACAAUCGAAGUUUUGGUUUUGGAUGAAGCUGAUCGAAUGUUGGAGGAAGCAUUUAGAGAUCAAAUGAAUGAAUUGAUUCGAUUGUGUGCCGAAAAUCGACAAACUUUGCUGUUUUCUGCUACAAUGACUGAAGAGGUUGGGUCUUUGGGAAAAAUUGGGAUUUGAAAUGUUUCCAAAAACUUUUUUGGUUAGAAUGAUCUGAAAUUGAAAAAAAAUGUAUUUCGGAACAAAAAAGCUCAAUAAAUUGUUUUUUAAACAGAAAAUUGAAACAGUGAAAAAUUUCACUUUAAAAAAAUUUAAGUUUACAGAAGAGUGUUACUAAUAAUUUUGAUUCUCAUAUUUAUUAUGAAAAAUAAUUGAAACAGUGAAGUUUUUUAUAAGAAUUUAUCGAAUUAUUCUUUGAAUAUUGCCGAAACGUAUUUAUCAAUUCAAGAGAAAAUUGAAACAGUGAAAAAAAUUUAUUGAAAUUUUCAGACGAAAAAAAUUUGUUUUAAAAGUUACCAAGGAAUUUUGAGAUUUUUUAAAACGAAUAAAAUCUGUCGUUAAUAAUUUCUAAUCUCGCUGGGUAUUUUAAACUGAAAUUGAAACAGUGAGAAAUUUCACAGUACAUUUUAUCUGAAAAUGUCAUUAACACAUCUUACUAAUAUUUUUGAAUUUCAAAUUUAUUAUGAAAAAUCUUUGAAACAGUGAAGUUUUUUUUAAUUUUGAUUUUUUAUGGAAAACAAUCGAUUAUGCGAAUACUGACGAAAUUCAUUUAUCAAUUCAAGAAAUAAUUGAAACAGUGAAAAAUUGUAUUGAAAAUAGUUUUUUUUUUAAUUCUCAAAAAAAAUAAUAAUUUUGAGACUUUUUAAAGAAUUCAAAUCAGCAUCACUAAUUUCUGCCGUCGCUGUGUAUCUUAAAAUGAGAUUGAAACAGUGAGAAAUUUCACAGUACAUUUUAUUUGAACAUUUAAUUCCAUAUUCUCACUAAUUGUUUUGAUUCUGAUAUUUAUUAAGAAAAAUAAUUGAAACAGUGAAAAUUAUUUUUAAUUUUGAUUUUUUAUGGAAAAUGGUAAUAUUGCCAAAAUUUCUUUAUAAUUUUGAAAGAAAAUUGAAACAGCAAAAAAUUGUAUUGAAAAUAUAUUUUUUUUUAUUUUCAGACGAAAAAAAAAAAUUGUCUGAAAAGUUACCAAGGAAUUUUGAGAUUUGUUUGAAGAAUUCAAAUUAGCGUCACUAAUUUCUGACGUCGCUGUGUAUUUUAAAAUGAGAUUGAAAUAGUGAGAAAUUUCACAGUACAUUUUAUUUUAAUAUUCUAUUACAUCGUCGCACUAAUAUUUUUGAAUUUCAAAUUUAUUAUGAAAAAUAAUUGAAACAGUGAAGUUUUUUUUAAUUUUGAUUUUUUUAAAUGGAAAACAAUUGAUUAUAUUAAUAUUGCCAAAAUUCCUUUAUAAUUUUGAAAGAAAAUUGAAACAGUGAAAAAUUUUAUUGAAAGAAUUUUUUUUUUGUUUUCGAAAGAAAAUAAUUUGUCUGAAACCAUGGAAUCUUCAGAUUUUUUUAAAACGAAUGAAAUCUGGCGUCAAUAAUUUCUAAUCUCGCUGGGUAUCUUAAAAUGAAUUUGAAACAGCGAGAAAUUUCACAGUACAUUUUAUUUGAAAAUGUCAUUAACACUUCUUACUAAUAUUUUUGAAUUUCAAAUUUAUUAUGAAAAAUAAUUGAAACAGUGAAGUUUUUUUUAAUUUUGAUUUUUUUAAAUGGAAAACAAUUGAUUAUAUGGUAAUAUUGCCAAAAUUCCUUUAUAAUUUUGAAAGAAAAUUGAAACAGUGAAAAAUUAUAGAAUACAUUUUUUUUCAAAAGUUUUUCACAAAAAGAAGAAACAGUGAAAAUUUUCAAAGUGAAUUUUUCAAAAAAUAGAUUUUCACCUUAAAUUACCCCACAAUCCAUUUUCUUCCAGAUUGAUGAACUCGCUUCAAUGUCGCUCAAAAAACCCGUCAAAAUCUUCAUCAACGAAAAUACGGACACUGCUCUCAAACUUCGCCAAGAAUUCAUUCGUAUUCGAGCUGGAAGAGAAACUGACAGAGAAUCAAUCAUAUCCGCACUAGUUACCCGAACUUUCCAAACAAAUACAAUUGUUUUUGUGAGAACGAAAAAGGAUUGUCAACGAAUGCAGAUUUUGUUAGGAUUAUUGGGAAUUAAGGUUGGACAAAUGCAAUCGAGUCUAACACAAGGUCAAAGAAUUGAAGCGCUAUCGAAGUUUAAGAAAGGAGAGAUUGAUGUUUUGGUUUCGACUGAUCUUGCAUCGCGUGGUUUGGAUAUUGAAGGAGUACAAACUGUGAUUAAUAUGAAUAUGCCCAAAUCGAUUAAACAAUAUAUUCAUCGAGUUGGACGAACUGCGAGAGCUGGAAGAACUGGUCGAUCAAUCUCGUUGGUUGGAGAAGAUGAGAGAAAAUUGUUGAAGGAAAUUAUUAAUUCGAAUGCUGAUCGAACAUUGAAACAGAGAUUGGUUGCACCGGAAGUUGUUGAGGCUUAUAGAAGACGAAUUGAUGAAUUGGAACCGACUAUUCAACAAAUUGAUGAAGAAGAUCGAGCUGAAAGGUGGGGUUUUGAAUGGGGAGUGGGAAGGGGGUAAUUUAUAAUAAAUAAUGUCUCUAAUUCCAAGUUUUUAAAAAUCUAUAGCCUUUUUUAUCAUUAAAAAUCUUUGGGAAAAUUUUUCUUUGAAGUUUUCUAUAAAACGCCAUUUUUAAAAAAAAUUUCACAAAACUUUUAAAUUUAAAUAUUCGAAUCUCAAAUAAUCGAUUUUUAAACCAGAAAAAAAUUUUGGUUUGAAUAAAUUUUAAUUUUUUCUGAUUUUUAGACAAUUUUUGGUUUAAAAAUUGGAACUUCAAGAUAAUUUUCAUCAAAUUUGAGAUUUUCAACACUUCUGCUCAAUUUUUGGUCUAAAAAUUGAAAUUACAAGAAAUCUGAUUUGAAUAUGAAUUUUUUGAAGACAAAAUCUAAUAGUAGAAAAAUCAUUGCUCAGGUUUCAAAAUUAUUGCUCAGGUUUCAAUAAUUUUGUUUCCAGAGAACUUCGAAUCGCCGAAUCAUCGAUGGCAAAAACACAAGAAAAACUCGAAACUGGAAAAACUGAGCGAGAAGGACGAGUUUGGAUGACAAAAGCAUCGCAAGCGGAAAAAGAGAGAAAACGCGAAGAAAAACGACAAUUGAAAAUUGAGGCCAAAAAGAAGGCACAAUCUGCUAAAACGGUAUUUUUCAAUUGAAAUUCAGCUCGAAAAAUGAAAAAUUAUUUUCAGCCAGAAGACAUUGCUCUGGAACACGAGGCGGCGUUCCAUGUUCGAGUUGCGAAACGAGCCAGACACUCGAAAAAUACUAGAAUUCGUGCGGUUGUUGAAAAUGAGAGUCGGGUGAGUUUUUUGGGAAAUUUUUACAAAAAAUGGUCUGAAAACCAGGAAUAUCUCAAUUACUAUGGGAAAAUCUGGAUUUUCGAAUUUUGAAAAACAAAUCAGUAGUUUUUGAGCUGAAAAUUAGACAUUUUAAUUUUAAAAAAUAAAUUUCAGAUUUUUCAAUACUGAAUUUUUUAUUCAAAAAUUUUAUUUCCUGAUUUUUUUGUUCAGAAACUUUAAAUUAACAAUUAAAAAGCUAACAAUUUUUUUUUAAAAGUAAAAUUCAAUUUUCAGGGAGGUCGCAAGGCUGGUGGACAAAAGAAGGUCAAAGCAAACUCGUCACUCCGCGAUAUUCUAAUGGUUCAAUCCUCAUCCAAAAUUCAAAAGAAACCCGCUCAUCCAAACAACAAGAAAAAUGGGCCACCAGCAAAGAAAAAGGGAUUCACUUCAGCCCUCUCUUCAGUUUCCACGAAAUCAGUCAAAGCUGCUCGACACGGACCGCAAGAUUCGAACUUCCAAAAAGCUCGUGUUGCACAUCGUCUCAAAACCAAAAAGAGAUAA